AUGAUCCAGGACUUCACGAAGGACCAGGACCCCACACUCACACUCACACAGAAAUCACAACCAUCAUACGCAAUUAUACCCACGAAGAUGUCCAUCCUACACCCCCUCCUCCAUCCCCCUGAUGAUGUAGCCACUGUCUAUGACCAUCCUCCAUCCCCCUGUGAUGAAGUGAUUGAGUGUCCCAUUGACCUGUACUUCGUGAUGGACUCCUCUGAGAGCAUCGCCCUGCAGCAGCCCCCUCCGGGAAGCCUGGUGAAGAAGGUGGCAGAUUGGACGAGGGAGUUUGCCCUGAGGCUCCGGGAGGAGGUGUACAACAGACAGGUGAAGAUCAGCUGGUUUCUGGGGGGACUCCACUUCUCCCAGACACAGGAGCUCAUCAGUGGGAUCACCAGCAGAGAAAACUUUGUCAGGAAAAUGGAUGCUAUCGACUGGUUAAAGUCUUACCUGGGUAAAGGUACCUACACUGACUGUGCCCUGGACAAGAUGACCGAGGAGAUGCAGCGCCACGACCUCCGGGGACACAACUCUGCCCGCUUCGCUGUGGUGGUCACUGACGGCCAUGUGACUGGCACCCCCUGUGGGGGGAUCAAGGUGUCUGCAGAACGGGCUAGAGACCAGCACAUCAGCUUGUUCUCAGUAGCUGCYUCCAAGAUGGUGGAGGAAGCAGGGAUGGGGCUGAUCGCUAGCUCGCCUGCRGGGGUCUACCGCUCCAACUACAUGGCUGUCAAUGUCACAGACCGUAAAACCUGUCACAGUCCACCGUGUGACGCCCCCACUGGGAAAAUAGUCACAUCAUCCAUCAACCAAAUUAUCAAMGCUAUGAAAUAUCAAGCCUAUCUGCAGUGUUCCAAACUGCGGUGUCUGGAGCUUCCAGGCCCCCCAGGUCCGAAGGGAAACAGAGGACUAAAGGGAACGAAAGGAGGAGUUGGACUCGCUGGCGCUAAAGGGACCAAGGGCAAACAGGGGGACUCUGGUAUUGAAGGUGCAAUCGGUCCCGCAGGUCAUAAGGGUGCCAUUGGUCUGAAAGGUGAAAAGGGUGAAUUUGGAUCAGAUGGAACCAAGGGAGUGGCAGGAGGACACGGCAGGAAUGGAACGGAUGGGCAGAAGGGUAAAAUUGGUCGAAGGAAAUUAUGGUUGUAAAGGAGAUCCAGGAG